AUGAGUGGAACAGGAACCGGCACUCGUGGGUUCCAUCGGACGGAACCCGUCGACGAGCCGGCCGGCACGCCGCACCCACUCAGCGGCGGCGUGAUAGCCGCCAUCGUUGCGGCCAUCAUCGUCGCCAUGGUGCUGCUGGGGGUAGUAGUGCUCUGCAUCCGCCGGUGGAGGAAGAGGCGCAGGGCACAGCCGCAUGUGCUCCCUCCACGCGUCCCUGCGGAGACAGCCCUCGCCCGCACCCAAGCAAUCGACUCCGGCGAUCGAGCUCGAACUCAAGGCCAAGCCACCGCCACCUCGUCGCAAGAAACAGAGGACUCGCAGUCUCCGGAACACUCCGUCGACGUGGAGGUGGAGCGCUGCGGACUUUGCCGCCGCAUCUACGCCGAUGCGCCCCCGGAUGAUGUGCUGGAGUGCGGUCACGGUUUCCACCCGCAUUGCAUCUCGCGUUGGCUGAUGGUCAACCUUUCAUGCCCGACGUGCAACAGAACAACCAUAAGGGUCACCGGAGACACAGGCGAGGCCAGCGCGCCCCUCCGUCGCUACACUUCAUCGAGCAUGGACUUCGACGUCCCCCGAUCCAGAGACGACAUCGACAUUCACCGGUCGAGCUUCCGCGUUUGA